AUGAUCUCUCUGUUUGCUGCUCUUUGUUCCCUCAUAGCUGUGGAAACUUCUGACAUCUCUGAGGUUCAGGUGCAGACAGUGAGGAGUGGAGAUGAUGUGAUUAUACGAUGUGAUCUAAACCCGAGCGGUGGAAAUAAAGAGAAUUUAGUUUGGUACAAGCAGAGUUUUGGAAAAGUGCCUCAGCAUUUGGGUAGAAAAAUUAUGAAUUCUUACAGAUUACUAGAACGAUUUAAUAAUGGACGCUUCAAAUUAACAUCAGAUGAAAAAGGGCUUGAACUCAGCAUCACUGGAACUAAAGAAGAGGAUUCAGGAACCUUUUACUGUGCAGAGAUGCUGAAUAAUGCAGCUGAUUUCAUAUCUGGACGUAUUUUGGUGGUUGAAGCUGACGAGAGGAAGAACAGAGAACCUCUCAGACUCCGGUGUUCAGAAAGCAGUGAUGGGUGUGAGAAGAUCUCUGAGGCUGGUUCUCCUGAACACAACUGUAGCUUCACUUUACUCAGGAGGAACCUUCAAUCUUCUCAUGAUGGAAAAUACUUCUGUACUGGUGCUGCACGGGAAGAGAAUCAGAACAGAAAUGGAGCUAAAGUUAAUGUAAAAGUAAUUGCCCUGUCCACAUUAAUUGUGAUAUUAGUGAUUAUAAUUCUGAUCCUGGUUGGAGUUUUACUGAGAAAUCAAAAGAAAGGUGCUUCCAACACUCAUCCAAGUCCCACAAAUCAGGUCGUGGAUGAAGAAAACUUGAAUUAUGCAGCUCUGAAGUUUACUAAGAAACCUUCCUCCUCCCCCAGAAGAUCCAGAGAGAAGAACCAUCAAGAUGUUUAUGCUCAGGUUAAAACACGAUAG